AAUGUUUUCAAAUGUUAUUAGUUGUCACGAAUCACAAACGCAUUUAAACUACAUUAUCCAAUAGGUUACACUAUGCGUGUAUACUGCCUUUUAACGCCAAUGACAGCCGAAGGAUGGAGGCAGUAUUAGCCAAGUAUGAAAACCAGAUAAAUGUGUUUUCUGAAUUCCUUGAAGACUUGCCUGACACCGAUGAACCUGUGUGGGUUUUAGGAGAGUGUUACAAUGUUAAAACAGAAAAGACAAAACUCCUAUCAGACGUUCACUCGCGGCUAUGGUUCACCUACAGGAAAAAAUUCUCUCCCAUAGGCGGAACAGGCCCCUCUUCAGAUACAGGCUGGGGAUGCAUGCUACGGUGUGGGCAGAUGAUUCUUGCACAGGCCCUGGUCUGCUCACAGCUGGGACGAGCCUGGCGUUGGAGGGCAGAGGGAGGACAGCCAGAGGAGUACCAUCGUAUCCUCCACUGUUUCCUGGAUAAGAAAGACAGCUGUUACUCCGUACACCAAAUGGCUCAGAUGGGAGUCGGUGAAGGGAAGUCUGUGGGAGAGUGGUAUGGCCCAAACACAGUUGCGCAAGUACUCAAGAAACUUGCACUAUUUGAUGACUGGAAUUCUCUUGCUGUGUAUGUGUCAAUGGACAACACGGUGGUGAUCGAGGACAUCAAGAAGCAGUGUCGCCAGGCAAGCAGAGGGAGCAGAUUGCGGCCCAGACCCUGUGGCUGGGGGGAACCCUUCACCUCUGGACAAACACCAGAGCAAGCCUGUUUGCACACGCACGGGAACAGAGCCACGAUGUGUCCACAUUCUCAAUCCCAGUCUCGUUCUGACUGGAGGCCCCUGCUGCUGGUCAUACCUCUCCGUUUGGGAAUCAACCACAUCAACCCUGUCUACAUCCAGGCCCUCAAGGAGUGUUUUAAAAUACCACAAUCCUGUGGUGUGCUGGGAGGAAAGCCCAAUCUGGCCUAUUACUUCAUCGGAUUUGUAGGAGAGGAGCUGAUCUACCUGGACCCCCACACCACCCAGUCAGCCGUGGAGUCAGAGGCUGGCAGCGGAGUGGACGACCAGAGCUACCACUGUCUGAGGAGUCCACGCCGCAUGAAGAUCACCAACCUGGACCCCUCUGUGGCCCUGGGAUUUUUUUGUAAGAGUGAGGAUGACUUUGACAGUUGGUGUAACCUGGUCCAGCAGAAGAUCCAGAUUAAGAGGAACCUGCGGAUGUUUGAGCUGGUGGAGAAUCACCCGCCCCACUGGCCCCCCUUCGUUCCUCCCACCAAACCAGAGGUUCAGACCACAGGGGCAGAGUUCAUCGAAUCGUCCGACAAGCUGUUUGAGUCUGAAGAGGAGUUUGAGAUCCUUAACGUGUGACCAGCUCCCCCCUCCGCCCAGUCCAGCGGAUGAUGGCGAUUGGGUUGAUUCCCUUGGCCACCAUCUUCCAUACUGUGCUGUAGAAGUGCCUCAGAACAACACCAAGCAUUAACUGCUUACCACUUUGCAAAAAAAGAUCAGAAAAGAUUCUGGACAACAACUCAAAACAAAGUGAGCAAAUGAAGGCAGAAACGUGAUGUACACCGUAAAUACAAGCUGGCACUGUCUCAUUUUGAUGUUGUAACUAGGAAACAAAGCCAGGGUCCUACAGUAGGUGAAGACAGGGGUGAGGAUGAUAUCUCCUCAUUACACACUACCUCCUGACGCCAGGAGACAGCAAAUAUGCAGACACAUUUUUUUUCUCCCAGGGUUAAAAUACAAACAUUCAACAAAUAACUUAAGAAAAGUGCCUCUCUUAAAUAUAUGUAUGUUAUUCAAUGGUUAGAAUAAGGGUUUUCCCAAGGUAUUGGUGUGGAAUACCCCUCCCCCCCAUGUAAAUGAAUUGUGGUUCUAUGAUGGUUAUUGAUUGUCCCUGCAGCCCACUGUAUUAGUACUGAAGAUGAUAGCCUGUGGUGACAACUGAAUUAUAAUGGUUCUAGUAUUACUGGUUUUCAUCUAACCCAGUAAAUGAAGACAAGCUGUGGAUAACAGCAUUUUCUUUCUUUUAAUGGUAUAAUCCUAUCUCAGGCAUAAAAGGGUGAUAUCCAAUACGUGGCAAUCCAAUACGAAACAGUUAUUAUUAUUAUUUUUUUCAGAACCCAAAAGUGAUGACUUCCAUACAGGUACAGAGCAACUUUCCAGUACAUGCCCUGUGAAAUAUAAGAAAAUAAACCCCCCCCUCUCCUGACUCACGAAAAAGACAUCAGUAAGGCCCACACAAAAAGUAUAUUCAAAUUGACAACCAAUACAAAACCAACUUCUUGGCAAGGAGCUAUAGGAAUAUGUUCUCCAAGUGUAGCAACAACCACCAAAAGAAAAUAAACAUUACAGACAUUUUCAAUAUGAAUAAUUCAAAUGAGAAGAAAUAACUUCCAUUUAUUUAUUUCUCAUUCUAUAGACAACGAGGCUGAGUAUUCACAAUCUGGUUUACAAUGUAUUAAUCAAUUCAAAAGCAGGAUAAACCAGUGACAUCCGACACAUACAAAUCACUGUUUGGAUGAGAAGUACGACGAGGUGAGCUACGAAACCGUCACGUUUAUAUAUUUGUCCAGUAUACAUGAAAAAGGCAUGCAGGAGUAGUCAGUUUGAUAUGAUGUUACACAAAGUCAGUGUUGAUGACAACUUUGGCACAAGUGUAGAAAUCCCUAACCACAAGCACCUGAUAGGCCUGUGCACGAAGGAUGAGAACUUCACCAUGAGAGCGAAGAAUGCGGAGGAGCAAGAGGAUAGGUACCUGGCUCUGAAUGACCUGAGUAUCUAGGAGAAAAAAGAGCACCAGGACACUGAGGAGUUGAAUUAUAAUUGCUUCAUAUUUUAGCCAUAUUGUGAUUUCUGGUGACAGUUGAGAGGACUUACGCUUUCCUGUUGACUGAAACACACCACUUAGGGCCCUAUUCAAUUGAAACUGGAUAAACGUGUACAUCCUAGACAGUUUCUUUGAGGGUGUGUGUUGUUGUUGUCUGUUAGUCAUGGAGGCAGCUUCUGAGUGAGUAGUUUCUCAGUCUUCUGUUGCUCUAUCUCCAGCUCUCUCGGAUCAGCUCCUCCGUGCUAGAGGAGUACUGCUCCAGGAUCCACAGCACAGCGUCUAGAAUGUUGGCCUCCCUCCCUUUUGUUAAUGUUCUUAAACUGGGAUUGAUUGGGAACAGGGUUAAAUGAAUUGUGAAAUUGAUUGAAAUUUCACUGACAAAAGGUUCCCUUAGUCAAAUGUUUGUUUCUUUCUUGAUUUCAUGAAGACGCCGAUUGUGAGCUGUUUUUGAUGCCUCGGAUGUCUCCAGGCUAAGGUACCCGGUCAAAGAUGUCAUCAAAGUGCGCCUGUCUGCCUGUUCGUUCCAGCACUGUUUCAUCAGAAGGACACACUCCAGGGUGGACGUGGUCUGGUGACACCACAGCAUAGUGGAGGAGGGUUUCUCACCUUCUGGAUGAUAUUUGACAGACGGGAAGAGAGCAUUGGGACCAGGCAUGCAACUGACCACGUAUAUGUACACACAUUCAAAUGAAGCCUGAAUCACUCACGCAUAUUAAACUAAACUGUUAAACCUG